AAGUUGGUAACAUUACUGGCAGUUGGUGGCUGGAACUUUGGGACACAGAAGUUCACAGAUAUGGUUGCUUCUGCUGGUAACCGUAAAAUUUUCAUUGAUUCUGUGAUCGCACAUCUCCGACAAUAUAACUUCGACGGCAUUGACCUUGACUUUGAGUACCCAGGAUCCCGAGGCAGUCCACCUGAGGACAAGCAUAGAUUUACUAUUCUGAUAGAGGAAAUGCUUGCGGCAUUUAAUGCAGAAGCAGCAUCCAAAAAUGUUCCACGACUCUUGAUCACAGCAGCUGUGUCUGCAGGAAAAGGAACCAUUGAUGCUGGAUAUGAGAUUGCAAAUAUUGGAAAACUCCUGGAUUUCAUCAGCGUGAUGACGUAUGAUUUCCAUGGUGGGUGGGACACUAUCUCUGGACACAACAGCCCCCUGUGUCAAGGAUCCACGGACAAG